AUGGAGGGGAGUAGCAGGCUGAAUGAGGAAAGUCUACGUCACAACUUCAACUACGUUGAUAUCCAGGCUUCAGCUACAAGAAGUAAUCAUACUACAAUGGACGCAUCGACCAAGAUCACGCGCGGAGGAUCGAUUCCACGCUUCAAAAAUGCAUCUACCCCUCAGUGGCCGUAUCACGAUGAGGACAUCGAGAAUGAUGUGCCGGCGUCGCUUUUGCUUGAGACUAAUGAACAGGAAUCCAAAAGGACCGUACAGUCCAUGCAUUCAAAUUACGAUACAUCACCUCCACACUCCGGGAAAGAUGACAGACGACCGAAGGCGCAGUGGAAGGCAACAACCGCACAGCAACACAUGCACCCUAAUGGACAGCAAGGCGACACCGGUAUUCAACAACCUAGGUCUCUGAUGAAUGGCUUAGCCCCCGGUGGGAAGAGGGAGAAAGCGCUUUGGAGAUGGGCCAAUAUCUCAAACCUUGAUAGUUUCAUGCGAGAUGUGUAUGAUUAUUAUGAGGGUGGAGGGCUACUAUGCAUAUUGUGUUCAAAUGCACUGUGGCUUCUAGAGACGCUUUUUGUGGCAGUUCUACUGACGUUUCUCACCCAAUGUGUGGACUACGGCAAAGUGCCUCAUAGUAGAUCCUUGGACGAAGUCGUCGUCAAGCAGUGCACACGAAAUAUAUCAACUUCUUGGAGUCUUGGCAUUUGGAUGUAUUCCUUUUUCUUCAUAUGGAAAUCUGUCCAAUACUUCUUUGAGAUCCGACGAUUAGUUUAUGUCCGAGACUUCUUUGUCUCUUUGCUCGAGAUUCCUGAGCAGGACAUGCAAACGGUAUCGUGGCAAGAUAUCGUGGCUCGAAUCAUGUCCUUGCGUGAUUACAACCCGAAGACUGCCACUAAUAUGCCGCGCAAUCUUCGUCGUUACAUUGGAAGCCAGUCAAAGGAAAGACUUGACGCUCAUGACAUAGCAAACCGCUUAAUGAGAAAAGAGAAUUUUCUCAUCGCGAUGAUCAACAAAGAUGUUCUCAACCUAUCACUGCCGCUACCACUUCUAGGUGACAGACAGCUUUUUUCAAAAACCAUGGAAUGGUACUUACACUACUGUAUACUCGACAUGGCUUUCAAUAAGUUUGGCCAAGUGAGGGAGGAUUUUUUGCGCGCCGACAAACGGUCGAUGCUAAGUCAAAAGCUCCGACAGCGACUGUACUUUGCUGGAUUUCUCAACCUCAUUUUUGCUCCCGUGGUACUCGCGUAUGUUGUAAUUGUGUAUUUUUUCACAUAUUAUAAUGAAUAUCAGAAAGACCCGAAAUUGGCGGCUUCUCGAAAGUAUACGUCUCUUGCGGAGUGGAAGUUUAGGGAGUUCAAUGAGCUUCCCCACAUCUUCUAUGAGAGGCUCCAUAUGUCUUUUCCGUUCGCGACUCGGUACCUGGACCAAUUUCCCAAGCGAAUGACUGAAGAAAUUGCUCGAAGCAUCUCAUUUAUGUCCGGGGCUAUAACAGCCAUAUUAGCUGUUGGCACGCUUCUCGACUCUGAACUUUUCCUCGGAUUCGAAAUAACAAAAGAUAGACCAGUCCUGUUCUAUCUCGGCGUGUUUGGGGCCAUAUGGGCGAUGACUCGGGGCAUGAUAUCAGAAGAGACUACUGUAUUCAAUCCGGAGUAUGCACUUCGAAAUGUCAUUGAAUACACGCAUUACAUGCCAGACCAUUGGCAAGGACGUCUGCAUAGCUUCGAGGUCAAACAAGAAUUCUCGGAAUUAUACAAGAUGAGAGUCGUUUUAUUCCUGGAAGAGGUUUUGGGCAUAAUCACAACCCCGAUGCUCUUGUUCUUUUCUCUGCCGAAGUGCGCAGAACAUGUUGUUGACUUUUUUCGCGAGUUUACGAUUCAUGUAGAUGGCCUAGGCUAUGUGUGCUCUUUUGCUGUCUUCGACUUUAAACAAGGAGUGAGACAAACUCAGAGACAAACAACCGGCCUCGAUCUUCGGGAUGACUAUUAUUCUACCAAACACGGAAAGAUGGCAGCGUCGUACUACGGGUUUCUAGACAACUAUGUCAUAAAUCCCAAGACUGGCAUCCCUGGUCACAUGCCGCCUGGACCUCGCGGACAAUUUUACCCCCCGCCAGCCUUCCCCAGUCUUAACUCCCCGUCUCUUGCGGGAGAUAUGCAUAGGUCAAAUAUUCCGAGGACAGACCUGACGCGGAACCGAAAUCGUGGGACCAGCGCGAUGCCACAUAAGAGAGCAAUGGUGCCCAUAGUUCCACAGCUGUCUCCCAUGGGAUCUGCUUUACUAGACCCGCGUAAUCAGCCAACGGCACCGUCUCUGGGCGCGAGAAGCUGGCACCGGACUCGCCAGGUCAGAGGUGCUUACCAGGCAGAUCAUCAGGUCGCCGAAGAAGGCACAGACUACGGAGCAGACGGACAAAGCGCGGGCGACGAAGAUGAUGUUUAUGAUGAGGGCGGUAUACUAGGAGAAUCAAUCUGGGAAACGUCGCCGGAUAAGGAUCUCAGCCGAGAAAAUAGCUCAACACAACAGGGAGAUGUAGGGGAAGGUGGUGUGCUUGGGCUGAUAUAUCAACUGCGCCAGGCGCAACAUCGUCGACGAGGCGGCGUGGUUUAA